AUGCAGCUCACCGAGGAUCAAGCGACUGAGGUGAAGUCGUGGGUAGUGAGGAAACUGGAAGAUAUAUCGGAUGCCGAUUCUGACGUGCUUGCCGAUUACGUCCUGGCGCUUAUCCGAACAGAUGCCCCGGACGAAGAGAUCCGGAAGGCUUCGGUGGACAAUCUGGAAGACUUCUUGAGAGAACACACUGUUCAGUUUGUCGAUGAACUCUUCACAACGUUUGCGCCCAAGCCGCAGCCCGUUCAAACCGCCGCGAUGUCCCAUGAUGGUGCUGCAGGAUCAGCUUCGGAACAGCAGCAGGCCUUUGGAGCUCCCUCCGGCCCAGCAAAUGGCCCCUACGGCAUUCCACAGUCGCAAGCUGAUGGCUCCAAUUUCAAUCGCAAGCGUAACUACCACGAGGGAUUCCAGGCCGAUCAGGAGCGCGACGAUGGACCCCACCAUCGCACAUACAAGACCCCUCGCCGGGGGCGUGGCGGUGGCCGGGGAGAUUGGAUGGGUAGGGACGGCGGCCGCGCAGGACCGGCUGGUCCGGGACAGUUCCAUCCUGGUGCAGCGGGAUUCCCAGUGAUGCCUCCUGCGUUCCCCGGCUUUGACCAGAAUGAUCCGAUGGCAGCGAUGAUGGCUCUUCAGAGCAUGGGUUUCCCUCAAAUGCCGGGCAUGCCUCCGAUGCCGAUACCACCCCCGGGCGCCGGGGCCGGCCAGCAGCCGGACAAGAUGGGACCCAAGAGUUCGGAGCGGUGUCCGUUCUAUGAGACUCAGGGUAUCUGCUACCUUGGCGCUACAUGCCCGUACCAGCACGAUGCCAUGCCAGGGUCUUCCAAGGAAGAUGAAUAUGAUCCAAAAUCCUCCAACCUCAUCACCGACUUCCAAAGGCGCACGGAUACACCUAUGCGAGGCAGCGACAGAGGUCGCGGCCGCGGUCGUGGUGGGGACCGGGGUGGCUUUGGAGGCAGGGGACGACGCUCUGAAUUCUCUUCUGCUGGGCCUAACGAGGAUACGACGAUCACGACCAUUGUUGUUGAGCAGAUUCCUGAUGAUAAGAUGGACGAAGCCACGAUCCGAGAGUUCUUUUCACAAUAUGGCGAGAUCACUGAGGUCACUCUACAACCACACCGGCGACUGGCCUUGAUUACCUACGAUAACCACGCAGCUGCUAAACGGGCAUGGUCUAGUCCCAAGGUGAUCUUUGAUAACCGAUUCGUCAAAGUCUACUGGCAUAAGCCCAAGGGUGAUCGCAAUGGUGACCAUCGGUCUCCUGCCGGCGACGCCAUGAACGAGGGACCAGCUUUCAACCGCGAAGAGUUUGAGAGACAGCAAGAGGAAGCCCAGCGGGCGCACGAGGAGAAGUUAAAGAAGCGCAAGGAGACCGAGGAAGCAAAACAAGCCCUCGAGCGACAGCGCGACGAGCUCCUUAAGAAGCAGCAGGAAGAGAAGCUUCGUCUGAUGCAAAAGCUUGGCGGAAAAGAAGGCGGUGAUGGCAGCGCCUCUCCGGCCGACGAAGCGGGUGUGUCACAGGAGAAUGCUAGUGACCAGACCCAGCAGCUUCGUGCACAGCUGGCCGCUCUUGAAGCCGAAGCGAAGAGUCUUGGUAUCGACCCCAACGGUGCUGGUGCGGGCGCACCGUACUCCUACCGCGGUCGCGGAAGAGGAUUCGGUGCUCGUGGUGGAUUUCCGCCCCGGGGCCGUGGUUACGACCCGUCCUUCCGCGGUGGAUAUCGUGGUCGUGGCGGCGCUGCUCGCGGCAGAGGUGGUGUUCUACGUCUCGACAACCGACCCCGUAGGGUAGCUGUCUCCGGUGUGGAGGCCAACUCUGAGAAGGACGAGGCCUUAAGACAAUACCUCAUUGGCGUCGGCGAAUACGAAUCCAUCGAGCCCAACCCAGACCAACCCGACUCAGUCAUCGUAGCCUUCAAGGAACGCUACCUAGCCGAGAAGUUCAUGUUUGGAACACGAGACAUCCCCUCGGUAGGCCAAGUCCAGCUCACUUGGGUCCCUAACCCCCCUAUCACCCUCCCAGCCAGCGGCACAACAUCCGGCCCUGGCUCGGAUACCAAUAAGACAGGGUCAGAUGAGGACACGGUAAUGGACAACGCAACGGGGCCAUCCAUGCUACCGGAACAGAGCGGAGCACGCAAGGACGGCCCGCACGAUGUGGACUACGAUGUGGCGGAGGUGGAUGACAGUUGGGGAGUGGAGUAG